AUGGUCCCUAAAAAAUCAUUCUAUUUAAGGUUUAGUUCAGACGCAACAAUUGGAGAUGAUGGGCCUGAAGCAGUACAUACAACUCCAAUAUUUCGAAACCCAUACUUUGGGACGCCAUACCACUUGCAUCUAGAGGAUAUUAGCAUAGGCGACCAAAGAGUAAAGUUUGCAAAAGGAGAUUUCCAGAUUAAGCCGGAUGGAAAAGGAGGCUCUAUCAUAGAUUCUGGGGCUCCACUUAGCACCAUGUAUAAGCCUCAUUUUGAAAGAGUUAAACAGGUGUUGGUGAAACAUAUGGAAGCACAAGGUGCUCGUCUUGAUGUUCCCGAACACAGUCUUUUGGAUCCUUGUUUUGCUAUACCACCCACUUUUGACCCGAAUGAGUUUCCGACAAUAACAUUUCAUUUUCAACAGGCAGAUUAUGUUGUUGAUCAAGUUUCUGACAUUUUCUUCUCUGACGACGAUGGCGCCCUUUUUUGUUUUGGUAUUGUUGGCGUGGACGUAGCUGAUCAUGGUGGUGUGUAUGAUUUUGUUUUAGGAGCCAUGCAACAAGCUAAUAAAAGGAUUUCCUACGAUGUCAGGAAAGAGACUCUCUCAUUUACUAAAGAGAAUUGCCAAAUGGGUUCAUGA